AUGACCGAAAUGAGCAAGAAGAUUGCACUACCAUCCGAAGGCGCACAUGGCGACAUCAACGGCACAGCCACAGCAACAUGCUACUGCAGCACCGUCCAAAUCAAGGUGCCAACCGAAGGCCCCGGUCUCGUAGACACCUUCAUCUGCAACUGCACCGACUGUCGCAAAAUCACCGCCAGCAUGUUCGCCUCCAACUUCAUAGUCAAAAACACCCAUUUUGAACACCUUCGCAGCGAAGACAAAAUCACCCGCUUCAAACAAAAUGCCACGAUCGGAACCGGCCAGUCCAUGGAAAACAGCUUCUGCAGCGUCUGCGGCACGCUCAUGUAUAGACGCAGUAGCGGAUCCCCCGGUUUAAGCAUCCCGCGUAUUGGCACCGUUGAUGAUUUUGCGCUGCAUGAGACAAAGUUUAAGCCGAGGGUUGAGGCGUUUGCGAAGGAUCGGUGUGGGUGGUUGAAGGCGCCCGAGGUCGAGAGGCAGGUGGAAGGGGCGUAUUAUACGGGAGGGAAGGCAUGGAAGAGCUCGCAUGAUGGGGUUGGGGGUGAUGGGGAGGUUGGGGAGAGUUCGUCGCUUUAG